AUGACUUCGCUUCAAAAGCAAACAUCCUCAACUACUUUUGUCAAUGAUAACAAUGAUUUGACAAAGUUGAAAUCAUCGUUAUCACAGCGUGCGAUGGCAAGAAGAAGUGUAUGUUUGAACUCUGCACUGCUUUCAUCGACGUUUGCUCAGGAAGGUUCAAAAGAGGAACCUAUCAAUGUUAGUUCCUCUUCAAAGAUAAAAUCACCUCUAAAAGACAAAGAGAAAGAUAAGGAUAAAGAUAAGGACAAUAGCAAUAAUGGCAAUGGUAAUCACCCACCUUCAAAGAUUCCAGAUAGACCAAGUAUCAAACCAGGCUUCAGAACAAACACAACUUCAUCAUCUUUAAAGAGUAAUAAUACAACAUCUACUACCACUACAACAACAACAACAACAUCAUCGACAUCUACAACAACAACAACAAACAAUGGUAACAAUAGUUUGAAUUUCAAUAAUGUUUUAUCAAGUAGCGGUAGUAAUAAUAGUACUAAGCGUUCGAAUACACUGAGAAAUCCAAUAACAUUGUCAAGUAGUAGCAGUGGUGGUAGUGGAACUGCUGGUGGUGGUGGAGAUGAAAUACAGAUCAAACACACAGCUUCGUCACUUCAAAAGAUGAAGACAUUGGAUACUCGUACCAAACGUUCAAAUACAAUAUCUAAUGGAUUAUUUGGUUCUUCUCUCAAUUUGAAAUCACAACCUUCAACAACUACAACUACGACAACAACUAGUAAAUCAAAUGAUAAUAACAGUCAUAAUGGUAUUGAUAGUAAAGUUGACAAGAUAACAACAACAACUACAACAACACCAUCUACUUCCUCUUCUUCCUCCACAGCGUCAACAACAACCACAAACAAUGAUAUGAUGAUGAAUAACAACAGCAAUGAAUCGACAGCCGAUCAACCACCAGUAGCAGCAGCAGCAACAGCACCGAAACCAAAACCAAAAGAAGAUGUAUUCACUAGAUUGUCAUCGAUCACUAAAUCCAGUAGAUCGCGAUCACUCUCUGUAGGACCAUCUUCCGCGCCAUCCGUGCAAUCAACAAACUCUACCUCAUCAGAAUCACACAGCAAAGACUCAUCGAAAAUCAGCAAAAUCAUACCAAAGAUACUUAGAUCGUCGUCAAAGAAAGAUGUUAGCGAAAAGACCACAACCAAAGACAAUAAAGAUGCAACAACAACGACAACGACAACAUCAUCUUCUUCUUCAUCUUCUUUGAAACCAUCGAAAACCUCACCCAUUAAAUCAACAUCAACCAUUUCAACACUCUCUGACUCAACAGCAUCGAUAUCACUUACAUCAUCAACAUCAACACCCACCUCACCAACCAAAUCACUUUCAAGCUAUAAAUGUACUAUGACACCAUCAGUUGCUCUAAAAUUGUAUAUCAAUGAUUUAACGAUGGCAGAACAAUCAGAGAUAAUGAACUUCCCACAAAUCUUUUUUACAGGUAACACCACACAGAAAACGAAAUUCAACAGGAAUCUACCAAACAAUGGCUAUGAUAACGAUCAAGGUGAUUACAAGAUUGUAGAACACGACCAUAUUGCAUAUCGAUACGAAGUGCUAUCUAUACUUGGACAGGGUUCAUUUUGUCAAGUAGUAAAGUGUCUCGAUCAUAAAACAAGUCAAUUGGUUGCUCUCAAGAUACUUAGAAAUCAAAAGCGAUUCUAUACACAAGCUCUUACUGAAAUCAAAAUAUUGGAUUUUCUUAAAAAUAAUGAUCCAAAUUCAUCAGCUAAUAUAGUUCAUAUGAAUGAUAACUUUGAAUUUAGAAAUCAUUUAUGUAUUACUUUUGAACUUCUUAGUAUGAAUCUUUAUGAUUUCCUAAAGAACAAUCAAUUUCAAGGUUUUAAUAUUAGUUUGAUUAAAAGAUUUGCCGCUCAAUUAUUGACAUCAUUAAGAUUCCUUUCAAAGAGACAUAUUAUUCAUGCAGAUUUAAAGCCUGAAAAUAUAUUAUUAAAACAACCUACUAAAUCAGGAAUUAAGUUAAUUGAUUUUGGAAGUAGUUGUUUUGAAAAUGAACAAAUAUUUACAUAUAUUCAAAGUAGAUACUAUAGAUCACCAGAGGUUAUUCUUGGUAUUAAAUAUGAUAAGGCAAUCGAUAUUUGGAGUUUAGGAUGUAUAUUAGCAGAGUUGUAUAUGGGAACACCUUUGUUCCCUGGAAACGACGAACCAGAACAAUUGGCAUGUAUUAUAGAGAUAUUCGGAGUGCCACCUCCCGAAAUCAUUAACGCUUCCACAAGAAGAAAUGUCUUUUUUUACGACAACGGAGAACCAAAGCCUGUAUCGUGUUUAAACUCGGAGGGCCAAGAGUAUGGUAUCAGCACAAAGACAUUGGCACAAUCAAUGAGAACGGACGACCUCGACUUUAUUGACUUUAUUGAACAAUGUCUAAAGUGGGAGCCAUCGAAACGUUUGACCCCUGAAGAGGGUCUCAGACACAAAUGGAUAAGCGAGCUCACCAGUGUACCAACAGCAACAACAACACCCUCAACUACAACUACUACUACCACCUCUACCAACAACAAAGAGGAGUCUUAA